AUGUCAGAAGAUCGCUCUUGCUGCGGCGUCGUGGAGGAGUCGGCCGCUCGAGCUCGUGCACGACGAUAUGACGACCCCAAACCACAACCGUGGCUCGUCCUCAAACUGAUGGUCGCGGUCACCUUGGGCAUCAUGGGCUAUGCUGGCUACGUCUAUAUCGGCGUCUUCGUUGUGCCCAUGCUGGAGGAACGACCGAGAACGGUGGCGGGCAGGGAUGUUGGGAUCGCGCUGCUGGUGCCAUUUUCAGUCCUUUAUGCUUGGAUGGUUUGGGCGUAUGCAAAGGUCGUCCUCACGUCGCCGGGAUACGCUCGAGACUAUGUCGAGAAGACCCAGAAACCAAUGAUCCAGCAGUCAGCCUUGGCAGCCUUGUAUCCCCUGCAAACGGACGAUAUGAACGCCAUUGCGAGGCCGUCGUACGAGGAUAUCUUGAAGGCAACAGGGCCUCCACCACCUUCGCCACCCAAGCCACCGCCGGGGUCGAUAUCUCAAUCUAACAGCAUGGCCAGUGUCCCACAAGGCUCGGCGCCAGGGAUGGGACGUACAGCAAGCACGAUCACUAUCAGGAGUGGCUCAAGUCAUGGACGAAUACGAUUCGAUGCGGGCGAGAUGGCGAACCCGACUCUGCACGAGGACACGGACGAAGAGAGAACAGCAGUGUGGUCGGCAGACAACUCACCGCCUGCCGCAAGACCAUCAACGGCUGGCUCGGCUGCUUCAACUGUGCCAGAUAUCGAGGUUCAAGCGGGGACGUUGGAUGCGCCCGGCGUUCCUAGCGUUCCCGCACCUCAACGGAGACGAAGAAAGACUGGAAAAUCUGGGGACCGGGAUACACCUUUAUGUCUGAAGCUGUUGUUCUGCUGCUGGGGGAGCCAGGGAAAUGACAACGCCGACCAGAUGGAACGGGGAGAGUACGACAAGUCCCCUGCCAAGAUUCGCAAGAAAAGGCGGGCACCUCCCAAACCCAAGAUGUGGAUUGCUCGACGGCCACCAAUGACCCCAUACCUCCACGCUGCUCAUCGCUAUUGCGACAAGGAAGGCUUUGUGAAGCCAUACAGAACGCACCACUGUCGAAGCUGUGGUACCUGUGUCCUCAAAUACGACCAUCAUUGCCCUUGGAUAGGCCAGUGUGUCGGUGCUCGCAACCACAAGUUCUUCUUCAACUUUUGCGUGGCAGCCUUCUUCUUGACUGCGUACGUGUUUGGCACGAUGCUCGCCUACACGGCUAUAGCGCAUACCCGAGGCCCAUCGAUCGAUACCAGCCCACACCAAUUCGUGAUCAUCGCCCUCUCGGCUGUGUUCGCCAUCUUUACCUUUGCACUUGCAAUAUCCCAUGCGUGGUUGAUCAUGCACGGCCAGACCACAGUGGAGAACAUGCAGAUCCGAACGAUGAAGCACCGUGAAAGCCAGCAGCUCAACAACGCUUUCGGCUUCUGUCAGUUCCAGGCCAAAUACCUCACACGGAAAGAGUGGGACAAGGAAUGGGGUGAGCUUGAUACCGAAGGACAUCUGUGGUGGAUAGGGGUACCCAUUGGCCGGAGCAAGAGCGAUGGACUCGACUACCCUGUCAACCCGCGUUUCGACCCCGAAGGGAGGUGGAGGAAGCGAGAAGAGUGGCCGCCCGAGUUUCGAUGA